AUAUGGAUAUAUUUGCCCAUUUGAACGUUUGAUCUGUUUCACUCUUCAAGGAAGUUUUGAGCCACCUCCGUUUGCUCUGCUCUGCUCUGCACUCUCUCUCAUUGCUUCCAAUUUGAUCUCAAAAGGAACCAAGCAAGACGGCCAUCACCAACUUUAGCUUCUGCAACAAAGACUCUUAGCUGAUAUAUGUUCUUUAGUUUUUGUUGAAAGACUGCCGGCAGUUAAAUUGCUUGAGUAUGGCUGAAAAGAAGCACAAAGAUACAUUGCCCUGGUCCCCUAAGACAACGCCUUCAUCCGAAUUGCAGGUCUAUGUACGGGGUGUGCCUUUUACAUUAGAUAUAGAAAUUCUGGCUUCAAAAUCUGCCAAAGUAGCUGAUUUUCUCAAGGAGAACUCAAAUGUAGAUCUCCAACAUUUUUUCCUCAAUAUUCCAGCUGAUGCAGAAACUUUUGAGCAUGUUGCAAGAUUCUGCUAUGGCAUGUGUGUACACAUGUCGACUGAAAAUGUUGUACCUCUCAUCUGCCUUGCGUUCUAUUUGGAAAUGACUGGUGAAAGUAAUCUAUUAAGCAAGGCUGCUACCUACUUUGAACAGAACGUCAUCCCUAGCUGGAAUGAAACCAUAAAGGCCUUUCGAGUGGCAGAGAACUUCCUUGGACAAACAAUGCAUUUGGGUAUAUUUGACGCCUGCUUGGAUUCUAUUGUAGAGAAGGCGCUGGCUGAUCCACGACUCUUAGGGGAACCCAUAAGGGUUUCAACAAAUUAUGAUGACAGUGAAGAUGGUGAUGAUGAUAGUUAUAGGCCUAACGCAAGGAGAAGGCUCUUUGCUGUGGAUUGGCAAGAAGAUUUGACAACACUGUCUCUCCAGUUAUAUGAGCCAACCAUUCGUGCAAUGAAUCAGCAGGGAGUCCCGUCAGAAUACAUUUCUGCAUCUAUUUGUCAAUAUGCCCAAAAAUGGAUCUUUUCUUGCAACGAUGGAAGGGAUAACUCAUCAGUUUACAAGAACAACUCUCAAAGGAAUGUCAUUGAGACGUUGGAGAGGCUUUUGCCUCAUGGAAGAGGACUCCUUCCUUGCACAAUACUGUUUGAAAUGCUACGUUAUGCCAUUAUGUUGGAAGCUAGCCCUGCAUGUAGAAGAGGGUAUGAGAUUAGGAUUGGAAAACAACUAGACGAAGCAACAGCUGAGGACCUCCUAAUACCUUCUCAAGGGUACACCAAGGAACUGCAAUAUGAUAUUGAAUGUGUAAAGAGAAUUUUGAAGAAUUUUUACAGCAAUACCUCUGAUACUUCAGGUUUUAUCUCAGUGGCAGAACUCAUGGAACAUUUCUUGGCAGAAGUUGCCAGUGACAUAGAUUUGCGGAUAGAAACAUUUGUUUCUCUAGCAGAGAUGUCCAUGGCCGUAUUAUUAGCAGCACAACGGAACUCUGAUGGAAUAUACAGGGCUAUUGAUAUCUACUUGGACAAGCAUAGAUAUUUAACAGAGCAGGAGAAAGAGGAGGUAUGCAAGGUAUUGGAUUGUCAAAGAAUGUCCCGUGAAGCUAGUGAACAUGCAGCCAAGAAUGAAAAAUUGCCUGUAAGAGUAAUGGUGCAGGUGCUGUUUAUGGCACAGUUGCAACUGCGAGAUACAAUCACAAAAGAGAUGCAGAGUUUUGAUGACAAACUGAGAAAGGAAAGAACAGAGAAGGAGGAAAGUGAAGAAAAAAUGAGUUGUGGGGAGCAGAAACUGAAGACAGAAAUGAUGAAAAUGAGCAGCAAGGUGGUGGAGCUUGAAAGGGAGUGCCAUACCAUGAAGAAAGAUAUUGAAAGUGGUUGCAAAAGGAAUAGUGUGAGAAAAGGAAAAGUUAGCAUGUGGAGAGAAUUGAAGAGGAAAUUUGGCUGCACAAGCAACUUCCAUGACUGUAACAUUCAGGUCAAGAAGAAGAAGGUGCAUCCUAAAACUGGAGUAUGACAGUGCAUCCAUUCUGCCACUUCUUUAUCUUCUCCUGCUAACUGAUCUUGCCAAAGCUUUCUGUUCAAGUACUGAGAAUAUUAACUGAUGACCCUCGAGCAAUGCAGAUUUCAGAAACUACUUCUGGACAUAAAUUGGUUGAAACUAGAAACAAAAAUCAUCAUGUGCUGGUAAUUUAGUAGUGUAUUGGUUGUGUUUAAUUUAUUCUUCUUUUUAUUGAAAAAUAAGGUCAGCUGAAAACU